ACGAGUUACAAACUAACUAACCUUGCCCGGCGGACAAGAAUCAGAUCCGAUUACUCAACCUGAUCCUUUGCCUAGGGAAGCCCAUCAGCCGUCAAACAAAUACCAGCAACUGGUCCAACUCGAGACGGAAGAAACCUCACCAACUCCGGCUGCGGAAACAUGGAGCAAACCGACGGCGGAGAGCCGAUACUGUCGGACCGGGUCCGGGUAAACGGGUCUGUCUCGCCGGCGACGCUCACUGCUGGCGUUGGACUCCAAUGGAUGGAGGGCGGAAGCCGCCGCUGCAUGGUGGAGGAAAAGGACUUCCUCGGAUUCUCCGCCGAAGGCCCGACGAUCAAGAUCCGGACCGUCGCCGAGGACAGAGACGGAAGUUGCUGCUUCAAUAGCAGAGGACAUCCGGCCACGAAAACCUACGUGUUCGAGCCCUUGUCCGAGGACUCACUCCGGCUAUGGUGCCGAAAGCUCGAAGAGUACUUCGAUUCUCUAGGCCGUCCGAAGAGGUUGCUUAUAUUUGUGAAUCCAUACGGGGGGAAGAAAUAUGCGUAUAAGAUAUUCAUUGAUGAUGUGAAACCACUACUAGAUGAUGCUAAUAUUGAAUGUACAGUGCAAGAAACUAAAUAUCAACUUCAUGCGAAGGAAGUUGUUCAAACAAUGGAUAUCUCAAAAUAUGAUGGAAUAGUUUGUGUCAGCGGGGAUGGAAUCUUGGUUGAGGUAGUAAAUGGACUACUUGAGAGGGAGGAUUGGAAUGCUGCAAUAAAAAUGCCUCUUGGCGUAGUACCUGCAGGUACUGGAAAUGGCAUGGCAAAAUCUCUCAUGGAUUCAGUUGGUCUUCCCUGUAUAGCAUCUAAUGCUGUUCUUGCUAUUAUCCAAGGGCAUAAGCGCCCAUUGGACGUGGCUAGUAUCUUGCAAGGAGAGACUAGGUUCUUUAGCGUCUUGAUGCUUGCCUGGGGUCUGGUGGCAGAUAUCGACAUUGAAUCUGAGAAGUAUAGAUGGAUGGGCAGUGCUCGCAUGGACUUCUAUGCUAUUCAACGAAUAUUUCAUCUCAGGAAAUACAGUGGCUGGAUUUCAUUUGUGCCUGCUCCAGGCUUUGAAGCUUGUGGAGAGCCCAGCAGUCCAAAAGAUGUAUUACCUAGCAAUAUCAACAAUCCAAGUCAGGAUGAGCCCAUGAAGGUUCACCAACGUGGCUACCAAGGUCCUCAAGUUGACUUGGAGAGUUUAGAAUGGAGGAAGAUUGAUGGUCCAUUUGUUUCAGUCUGGCUCCACAAUGUACCCUGGGGUGGUGAAGACACCAAGGCAGCACCUGAUGCUAAGUUCUCGGAUGGUUAUUUGGACUUGAUUCUUAUGAAGGACUGUCCAAGGUUCGCGUUGCUAUCAUUGAUGACUAAACUAAGCAACGGGGAUCAUGUCAAAUCACCAUAUGUUUUGUACCUCAAGGUGAAAGCAUUUGUUUUGGAGCCUGGUCCGAGAACUGAUGAUGCAACAAAAGAAGGGAUCAUAGAUGUAGAUGGAGAGGUAAUAGCUAGAGGAAAAGGAACUUACAAGUCUGAGCAGAAGACAUUGAUGGACUAUGAGAAGCUCCAGAUAGUAGUGGAUCAAGGUUUGGCUGUUAUAUAUGCCCCUCUAUAAAUUUUUUGAGUAAAUUGUACUCAAUGAUUUUGCUAAAUUACAUGUACAGCCAUAUUUUGGGAAAUACAUUGAUCUCCCCUCCAUUGAGCGGAUGUUAGUAAAUCCUUGUAAAUGUAUAAAAUGUCAAGAGGUAUCUUGUGUGUAACGACACAGAAUAAUCUAAUAUAAUUUUUAAAUAACUAGGGCGGUCAUCGUUGUUGACGAGCCGCGGCGGAGUACUACUAAAACAAACAAAA